CGGUUGUGUAACUGCUCCUCGCGGGCGCGGAGCCGCCUGGCUUCGCCUCCCCCCUCGGCCGGCCCCUGCUCUCCGGCGGCCGAGCCAUGGCCUGGGCGGCGGCGGGGGGCUCCGCGGGCCGCCGGCCGCUCUCGGCGCACACGCUCCUCUUCGACCUGCCGCCCGCGCUGCUGGGCGAGCUCUGCGCCGUCCUGGACAGCUGCGACGGCGCGCUCGGCUGGCGCGGCCUCGCGGAGCGACUUUCAAACAGUUGGCUGGAUGUUCGUCACAUUGAAAAAUAUGUAGACCAAGGUAAAAGUGGGACGAGAGAAUUACUUUGGUCCUGGGCACAGAAAAACAAGACCGUUGGUGACCUUUUACAGAUUCUCCAGGAGAUGGGGCAUCAUCGAGCUAUCCAUCUAAUUGCAAACCACGGAGCAGCCUUGAAUCCCUCAGAACACAAUCACCCAGGAGAUGGAUUUCCAAACAUGUUACCCAAGGAAACAACCAAUGUCACAGUGGAUAAUGUUCUCAUUCCUAAACAUAAUGAAAAAGGAAUAUUGUCUAAAUCUUCUGUCAGCUUUCAAAACAUCAUAGAAGGAACCAAAAAUUUCCACAAAGACUUCCUAAUUGGAGAAGGGGAGAUUUUUGAGGUAUACAGAGUGGAGAUCCAAAACCGAACAUAUGCCAUUAAAUUAUUUAAACAGGAGAAAAAAAUGCAGUGUAAGAAACAAUGGAAGAGUUUUUUAUCUGAGCUUGAAGUUUUACUGCUGUUUCAUCAUCCAAAUAUUCUGGAGUUGGCUGCAUAUUUCACAGAGGGUGAGAAGUUCUGCCUGGUUUAUCCAUUUAUGAGAAACGGAUCCCUUUUUGACAGACUACAGUGUGUAGGUAACACGGCCCCACUCUCUUGGCACGUUCGAAUCAGUAUCUUAAUAGGAACAUGCAAAGCCAUCCAGUACUUGCACAAUGUCGAACCGUGCUCGGUCAUCUGUGGCAGCAUAUCCAGUGCAAACAUACUUUUGGAUGAUCAGUUUCAACCCAAACUAACUGAUUUUGCCAUGGCACACUUCCGACCCCACCUGGAACAUCAGCCCUGCACCAUCAGCGUGACCAGCUGCAGCAGGAGACAUCUGUGGUACAUGCCCGAGGAGUACAUCCGGCAGGGCAAACUCUCCAUCAAAACUGACGUCUACAGCUUUGGGAUUGUAAUAAUGGAAGUUCUGACAGGUUGUAAAGUGGUGUUAGAUGAUCCAAAGCAUGUCCAGCUGAGGGAUCUGCUUAUGGAAUUGAUGGAGAAGAGAGGCCUCGAUUCAUGUCUCUCAUUUGUAGAUAAGAAAGUGUGUCCUUGUCCCCGGAAUCUCUCCGCCAAGCUAUUCUCUUUGGCAGGCCAGUGUGUUGCAACACGGGCGAAGUUAAGACCAUCGAUGGGUGAAGUCCUGACUGUUCUGGAAAGCACUCCAGCCAGCUUGUAUUUUGCUGAAGAUCCUCCCACCUCACUGAAGUCCUUCAGGUGUCCUUCUCCUGUGUUCUUGGACAACGUACCAAGUAUUCCCGUGGAAAAUGAUGAAAACCAGAAUAACCCUUCACUGCCUCAUGAUAAAGGCUGGAGAAAAGAUAGAAUGACUCAGAAAAUUCCCUUUGAAUGCAGCCAGUCUGAGGUUACAUUUCUGGGCUUUGACAGAAAGACAGGGCAUAAGAGAAAUGAGGACGCUUGGAACAUGCCCAGUUCUUCUUGUGAAGAAAGUUCGUCUCCAAAGUAUGCAGCCCCAUCCCAGGACUCAAGCGCCUAUGGUAUGAAUGUGGACCCUUCUGUAGAAGCUCCAGGCCAUUCUUACAGGAGCAGUCCAGUGGAGACUAGCUGUUCCUCCGAAUUUUCCUGGAACGAAUGUGAAGAGUACAAAAAGGAGUCAAUUUCACCAGAUGAUAAAGAAGAAAGCAAGUAUUGCUGAGGCCCUGAGUGCAGGUGUCAUCUGGGGAAGACAUUGCCUUCAUAAGUAAUGCCAAGAGGAUGAUGGAUGGUGAAUUUGGGUAAUGCACAUCAACAAUCUGCACAAUCCUGUUCCUUCCUUUCCAACUCGAAAAACAAGGUGGCUUAAAAAUUUAUUUUAUCAGGAUAAUUGCCUCAUGAUCAAACCUGGGCUAAAUUAGAGCCACUCAGAAUUACUUAAGAUCAUGGGCUCUGGCUUCAGACAAACAAAACAAUCAAAACCUACCAAAAAGGGACCGGAUUCUAAUGUCUUCUCCACCCACCUCAGUGUGAGUGCUCAGCCUCCAAUCUGCUAAGUGACUUCAGUUCACUUGGAUUCCAUUGUUUGGUUUAGCUUGCUUGCCAAGGCUUAGGAAAUGUCUGAUUUGUAAAUGUUAAUAGAUGCCUUUUUAAAGAGUUGCCUUUUUGUUUAUUUUGAUCGACCCGUGAUAUACUUCUGUUCAUCCCUGUCAAGCCUGCCUGUCUGGAAAUGAACCAGUUCUCCACAGCUCUGACUGUUCUGUAUAGAGAGGGGAUUCCUGCCCAAGAUCUGUGUUUCUGUAUUUAAACUCUUAGGAUAGUUUAUCACAUAUAAUAUAGUUGUUGACUAUUAUUACAAUUUUUUUUUUACAAAUUUAGAGACCUAUGUAUGAAAUUUUAAUCAUGUAAUUUUUGUUCCUAAGAAAGUGGCUGGUCAUAAGGGCCUAGGUCAGCUUUUUGUUUGAUUCCAUACCUUCUAACUCUGUGCCUUCAUUUUUGCUGUUUACCGGAUCGCCCCCUUUUGAAAUCCUACCCAGUCCCUCAGGGCUCACCGGAAGUUUCCCUAAUCUCUCUAGCCAGAAGUACUCACUUUAUUUGCAUUUCCACAGCAAUUUCUGUUUUUUAUUUGUCACUUUCUGAAUUACAUCAAAGUUGUCUGUGUCAUCUUAUAUCUCUUACUAGAUAGUAAACUCCCUGUAUUAGUUUCCUAUUGUUGCUGUAACAAGCUAUCACAAACUUAGUGGGUUAAAACAACAUAAGUAAUUAUUUUACAGUUCUGGAAGUCAGAGGUCCUCCGCAUUCCUUCUGGAGGCUCUAGGGGGGAAUUCAUUCUCUUGCCUUUUCUAGCUUCUAGAAGCUAUCUGCAUUUUUUGGCUGAUGGCUUCUUCCUCCAUCCUCAAAUCCAGCAACAUAGCAUCUUUGAAUCUAGAUCUCUCUCUCUCUCUGAUCUCUUCUUCAUCACCUCUUUCUCUUACUUUGGCCCUUCUGCCUCUCUCUUAUAAGAAUCCUUGUGAUUGCAUGGGGCCCACUCAGAUAAUCCAGGAAAAUCUGUGUAUCACAAAAAUCCUUUAAUUUAAUCACAUCGGAAUGUCCCUUUUCUCCUGUAAAGUAAUAUAUUCACAGGUCUCUGGAAUUAGGAUGUAGACAUCUCUGGGUGCCAUUUCUCUGUCUGUCUCAUUCCCUGAGUGUGCAGGGGCCAUCUCUUCAGGGCCUAGCGUGUUAUCCUAUACAGAGCAGGUGCUUCCUGAUAAAUUAAGUUGAAUUAAAUUAUCUCUAUGAACCCACAUAAUCAAAAAUUCAGCUGUAGUAAACAUUGCUGAGUAAAUUAACAAAGUGGGGAUAAUGGCUGUCUUUAUGAUGAUGGAUAGAAACACUGCACAAAAACCAUUUCCAGAGAAUUUAUGGACUCUCUCUCCAGUACUUUUAUAAUAAAAGGGUAGAUCCCUAGUUUUCUGUGCCUCAAAGAAAUAUGCUCAUGCCUUUUUUUUUUUGGUGAGUCAGUACAGUUGGGUUAAUCAUAGUCAGAUUGGAGUCCAGAUUCAGGAAAAAUUAAUAGAGAAGUCAUCAGGAAUCAGGGUCAGGUUAACAGACCAAGGUCAGAAACAUGGAGCUACAGUUCUAAGAAAAAGGAUCUCGUGGCAGGAAGUGCAAUUCAAAAUACAAUAAGCCUUCCUCUGAUUGACAGGCCAGAUAAAGGUCCCAGGUAAGCAUUUGGGAGAGGCCCUGCUCACAAGUGGUCUUCAAGGGACCUGGCUGCCUAAGGCUGCCUUCCCCAUCGGAUCAUGACACGUGUGUUCACAAUGCUCCCAAACUGACCAUGUGCUAAGACUAGUGGGGGAAAGAGUUGGACUAGACUUCAUAUGAUUUUAAUUCUUGUGACCUGUCCUCGUUUGGCAACUCUGCAUCAUACGUGUUAUGAAAGGAAGCAGUAAUUUGACUUUAUGUAUUGUAAACCAUUCUGAGGCCGAUUUAGCUUAGAGAUGUAGUCUGAAAGUAUUUUGGCUGAACUGGGGAAAUGAGCCUGGAAUCGUGUGAAGUUGCCACUAGUAAUUCAAAAGAAGAAAUCAAGACAACCAAGAAUUGGCUCUAGGUCCAACUGUUUCCACUUUGGAUCUGGACACCCCAGUACCGUCAACGAGAGGUCAUCGAGGAAGCUCUGAGGAACACCAGACCACGCCAUUACUCAGCACAUGUGUCAUCUGUUGGUAUCGUGUUGAUUUGAACUUGCUUAGUUGACUUAAAGAAAUGUUUCUCAAACUUUAUUGUGCGUCAGAAGGCUUGUUAAAAACACAGAUUGCUGGGCCCAACCCAGUUUCACACGCAGUGGGUCUGGGGUUAGGAAUUUGGCUUUCUAACAAGUUCUCAGGUGCUGCUGCUGCUGCUGAUGAUGUGCAGGCCGCCCUUCGAGAACCAGUGCCUUCAAGUGUCCUCAAGUUGUUAUAGAUCAGUAGAUUCUACCUUCCCAUCUACUUUGUAUGAUUUUUGAGAGAGAACCAUUUCUUUUAAUUCUUUUAUAUUCACCCUAUUACUUAGGAUUUUGUUUACCUUAGAGUAAGAACUCUACAAAUAUUGUUAAUAAAUGAUCUUUUUUGACUAGAUCACCUUGCUAGGGUGUGACUGUGGUGGACUUCUUAAAGACCAAGUCAGAUUAGCUGGCAAUAACCUGAUUAAUGAUAUGGUAAACAGCUGCCACUGUGGCUGGAAAUUACCAGAAUUUUCUGUUGAGUAAUCCAGUCCUCCUGACUAGAUUUGCCUUCUAGUGGGUGCAUUCAUAAAUGUUAAUUGAUAGGAAUUAAAUCUUUGCGUCCUGCUGUGGGCAAUAAGAGGAUGCCUCCAUGGCUUCAUGAUGUAGAGACUAAGAUACAUGAAGAAACCAAGGAAGAGCCUCCAAGUGUUCCCUCUGAUCAGCAAACAUGAAUUAGUAAGGAAUCUCACUCAUCUUCAUCCUUAUAACACCCCGUGGGCAAUCCUCCAGGCAGAUCUUAUUCACUUGUUAGGGUUUUUGUCUCAUUUUAUAAUUCCCCAAAACAUGGAGAAAAUAUUUUGUUGUUUUUGAAAAUAGGUAUGGGAUUUCUGACACGAUCAAUUGUAUUGGCUUCUUGAGAAUUAUUCUAAUGAUCUGUGAUUCACUGCAUGCGGGUGAAGUUUCAUGGUUGGUACUACAUCAGCCUGUGUAAUACAACUUUCAUGACCUGAGGUUCGGUGAGUACAGGAAGUGAGCGUUAUCACAAGUCACAUUUAUUGAGCAUCUGCCAGAAGCAAGGCACUGUGUUGGCUACUCAGGUACCAAGUAAGGCGCAAGCAUUUUAGGAAGGAAGGAAAGGCAUCUGCCCAAGUGAACAGUACGGUGACAUCUGUUAUUUGAACCACAAACCGUUGGAACCGAAAGUGAGGGUGGACAGGGGGAGGGGAAGGCAGAGAUUACUGUGCACAUUCAAGAGGGUAAGGAAGGCGUCUUGGAGAAGACUCCUGGAAGGAGAGAAGGGAUUAAGAGAAAUGGAAAAGAGUGCCCAAGAAGCUCUCCAGGAUGGAUAGAAGGGAACUGGGGGCCCACGGCUCUCCUAGAGCUCUACACAAACCCGCCUCCAGGGCUGGAAGGAUGGGUUGAGGGCGAAGGGAACUGGGUCCAGAGCUGUGUGUGUUUCUUCCUGUUUAACCCUUACAGCCUCCCGGAAGGUAUAAUUCCUAUUUUAGAGAAGAGGAAACCGACUCAGGCGGGGUAUGUAACUUGCCUAAGGGCCUCCCAGAUCUGGAGGAGCCGGGAUUUGAACCCACGUCUGUCUGACUUCAAAGCCCAUGUUCUUUCUUGUCCUCCACAUUACACAAAGAAGCCACUGCAGAUUCAAGCUCCUACGAAAAGGAAUGGAUGUGAAAAGUCAUUUGUUGAUUCCAGAAAUUUUCAGUAGUCACUGAAGCCUGGUCAUGUCUUCUGCCUUUUUCAUUACCCUGCUCCUCUGCUGUAGGACCACCUCUGCGGUCAUUUGAUCCUGGCAUCAUCGUUCCUGAUUUCAGCAGUCAUUGGAGUGAACCAAGUAACAUCACAGCAUCACAGUUAGACAGUCUCCUCAAUUACAGUGCAACUACACCUCCACUUCACUUCAGCCACUAUUCCCAAGGCCACACGGUGGACCCUGUCACACAUCAGAAAUCAUAGUAUGUUGUCCUUGACUUUAUAAUAACAUCCUAUUAUCUGAUCUUUUGAUUUUGUCCUGGCCUAUCAAUGACCGUCCCCUUCCUCUCCCAUCUACUCUGUGUUUUCCUCUGUGCGUCAUCUGGGCCGUGGGUUCAUCUCUAUCAGUGAUUGUCCUGAUGGAGAAAUAGAACCCCUAGUAGGUAUUUCAAACAGAUGGAAUUUAACAUUGGGAAUUGGUUAUCAAAGGGUUGAAAAUGCUAGAAGAGCAAAAACAGGAACAUGUGAAAUUAUCCAGAGAUUAUUAACUUCAAGAAGCCACUCUCACUCUUCUGGAUGAUGGAGAAAAAAGGGAAAAUGUAUAACUAAGAGCCAUGACCACCGUCCUGCUGACGUUGUGAGUGCUUGCUGUGGAUGCUUCUGGAAUGGUGCUGCCCUGGAGGAAAGCAGGAAUCAGAACCGGACCACCACCUGUGCUGCUGCUGUGGUCACUGCCAGGCGCCCAAUAAGAAGAGAAAGAAGAAGCUUCUCCAUUUCUCCCAUGUUCCAUAAUGAGAAGUUAGCCGUCAAGGACAUCUAGGAAAUACAGUUUUCUCUGAACUACAGAGGAAAGCACAGGGGGUCAAGAAUGGAGCUAAGAGCCAACAGACGAAUCCUACCCUUUGGCUAUUCAGCAUUUAUUCACACCCCCUCUGCCCUAUAUUUAAACUUCCAGGAACAAUAUCAUGCAAAUAUCCCUUAAAUAAUUGAAGAUGCUGUCAUUCUCCCAAAAGAGGCAAUACAAGUUCCCAUCAGUCAUCAUUUCCAUCUCUGGGUGAUCUUAAUUUUUCUCCCACCUGAAUUUUCUAAGAACAAAGGUAAUCAUCACCAACAUUUCUUAUGUAAUAUAGGUGAAAAGAGAGGGAAAAAUCAAUAAUUGGUUAAUAUACACAAAUAAAUACAGAGCAAAGGAAA